AUGUCAGCAUCGUUGGCUCCAGAAUGCAACGAGAUCAAAGAAAAAUACGACACAUGUUUCCUCAAAUGGUACAGCGAAAAAUAUCUCAGAGGCAACUCCAAAGAUGAAUGUGCCGAUCUGUUCAAAAAGUACAACUCGUGUCUCAUGAAAGCGCUCAAGGAACGUGGUAUCGACACUAUGAUGGAAGAGGCGAAACAGGGGUCAAAGGAGAGUGAUGCAGAGCAUCUCAAGCGGUGAUAGUUGCAUAGCUCUUUCUCGACAAAAGAAAUGAGGUUCUUUUUUCUUUUUUAAUGAGAAACGAAGACAUGAUUCUAUGAAACAAUCUCCUCUCUGUGACUUGGAAUUGAAAAGGAAAAGACAUGAAUGAAAAGGAAUCUCUCACUUAC